GUAUGAAGAGAGGAAAAGCCACAUUCAUCAUAAAUUCAGACUAUGAUGUUAAUAAUCAUUCAAAGUCAAAAAUCAAGAUUCCAAAGAAUGUUCAUAUAUUAGGCCCUCUAAAAUAAAUUCGGAGCUGGCAAGAAAUUCCGGGCAGCUGUAACCAAAGUUAGAGAAAUUAGCAGAAAAGCUUCCCUCUCAAACCUAACUCAUGUGUCUAAGCUCUCAUUUGAAGAUACACUAAUAAUGGAAAACUUGAAAUAGCCUCGAAAAGGUUCACAGAAAUCUAGACAAGAAGCUCCAGCUCAAGACGAUGAACAAUAACAGGAACACUCAAAGGGAGAUUAGUAUGCAUAACAAGGCUAAGACUACAUUUUCCAUUAAGAAGGAGAUCAAGACGUUACGUGCAAGGAAGUGGCAUGAGUAUUACUCUGAAAAGAAGAAAGCACUCAGCAAAGCUGUCUCACUGGACAGAGAGAAUGUGAGCAGAGUUCCAGACCAUACUGAAGCAGCAGAGAUGCUUCCUGCAUUUCUGAGGUACAAGAAAGCUUUAAUGGAAAGAAGAAUCCUCACUGAGAUGAACAUGAAAGCUAAAACAGAGUGGUCCCAAGGGUCAUUAUUUGAACAACUGAGAGCUGAUAGGAAUGAGAGAAAGAGAAAAAUGCAUCAUGAGAUCUGGAGAAGAGCUAUAGUUAAUAAAGCAAGGAAUCAUUAA